AUGGCGCCGGCGGUGCGGGGGCUGAAGAGCUUCGUGUGGCAGAGGCUGAAAUCAGCAGUUUUUGAUGACUUUAGCAAAGAGGAAGAAUGGAAGAUAAUGCUUUUAGAUGAUUACACAACUAAAUUACUGUCACUGUGCUGCAAAAUGACUGAUCUACUGGCAGAGGGUGUCACAGUGGUGGAGAAUGUAUAUAAAAAUCGUGAGCCUGUCCCACACAUGAAGGCAAUAUAUUUAAUAACUCCCACUAAAAAGUCUGUAGAUGGACUGAUUGAUGACUUCAUCACUAAAUCAUCCAGCAGAUACAAAGCAGCAUAUGUGUAUUUCACUGACUUUUGUCCUGACAGCCUCUUCAAUAAAAUAAAGGCUUCAUGUGCAAAAUCAAUAAAGAGAUGCAAGGAGAUCAACAUUUCCUUCUUCCCUUAUGAGUCUCAGGUAUUUACUCUCAACAUCCCAGAUGCAUUCUACCGUUGCUACAGCCCCACUCUGGAAAGGACAAAGGAUAAAGAUGCUGUACUGCAAGUCAUGGCUGAACAAAUUGUUACCUUAUGUGCCACACUAGAUGAGAAUCCAGGAGUACGAUAUAAAAGUGGACCAUCUGACAGAGCCAGCAAACUUGCACAGCUUGUUGAAAAAAGUCUUGAAAACUACUACAAAACAGAUGAGAAAAGCCAAAUAAAGGGUAAAACUCACUCCCAACUAAUAAUAAUUGAUCGUGGCUUUGACCCUGUAUCAACUGUACUCCAUGAGCUCACCUUCCAGGCAAUGGCAUAUGAUCUGCUACCCAUUGAAAAUGAUAUUUACAAAUACAAAACAGAAGGCUCUGGUGGGAAGGAAAAGGAGGCAAUUUUGGAGGAAGAUGAUGACCUGUGGGUGAAGAUGCGGCACAAGCAUAUUGCAGAUGUGAUAGAGGAAUUACCAAAACUUUUGAAAGAUGCUUCAUCAAAAACCAAAGCAGGAGAAGGAAAAUUAUCCAUAUCUGCUCUGUCCCAGUUGAUGAAGAAGAUGCCACUCUAUCGUAAAGAGAUUAGUAAGCAAGUUGUUCAUCUUAACAUAGCAGAAGAUUGCAUGAGCAAGUUCAAAUCUAACAUAGAAAGGCUCUGUAAAGCUGAGCAGGACUUGGCUCUUGGAACUGAUGCAGAAGGUCAAAAAGUAAAAGACACUAUGAGGGUCCUCCUUCCAGUUCUGCUCAACAAAAGUCAUGACAGCUAUGACAAAAUCAGAGCUAUUCUCUUGUAUAUCUUUAGCACAAAUGGAACUACCCAGGAGAACUUGGACAAGCUGAUCCAGAAUGUGCAAAUAGAAAGUGAUAGCGAUAUGAUAAGAAAUUGGAAAUACCUUGAUGUUCCUGUUAUCUCUUCAUUUGUUGCUCAGCAGCAUAAAUACACCAGAAGGGAUCGUUCUAAAGAAGAAACCUUUCAGCUUUCUAGGUGGACUCCUGUUAUCAAAGAUGUUAUGGAGGAUGCUAUAGAAAACAAAUUAGAUUCAAAAGACUGGCCUUAUUGUUCCCGAUGUCCUCCCACCUGGAAUGGCUCAGGAGCAGUAAGUGCACGGCAGAAGCCUCGGGCGAGUUGCAGAGAGGAGCGGCGGAGCGGCGCGAGGCUGAUCGUGUUUGUCAUCGGGGGCGUCACACUCUCCGAGAUGCGCAGCGCCUACGAGGUGUCCGACGCCUACAAGUCCUGUGAAGUUGUUAUUGGUUCUACUCAUAUUUUGACACCUAGAAGACUGCUGGAGGAGGUGAAGAGCCUUAGCAAACCCAAGGAUAUGGUCUGCAUUAAGGAUGAAUAGAUACGGUGAUGUUUAUGAUGCAUUAAAAACACACACAGUAUGUACAUAUUUUAAUAGAACUGACUUUUCCAAAUACUGCACUUCAGUACUACAUGGUUCCUAAUGGGAGAUCAUGUUAUAAUUUAAAUUUGCUGCUUUUGGGGGAGUAAAAGGCAGAGAGAUGAAAAGAUAAACACAUGUGUUUCUUAUGUUCUGUUUAGUAUUACACUGCAAGUGCUUUUUUAAAAGGGCAUGUUUGUUCCUAACUAAUUAUGUUGAAAAGUUACUGGAAUUGUCUUUGAGAACUGUGAAAGCUUUCUAUAAUAGAAUUUCUUUCUAAAAAUGACUGAAUUUAAAAGGGCCUAGGCACUUGGGUAGAGACUUCAAGAAAAAACUUGUAAAUAUGGUAAAAAUGUUUCAUACAAGUUCACUGUCUUAAAGUGUAAUGUUUUCUGUAAAAAUACCUCGCUGAAAAUUCUUUAAAUAUGUGUAAUUGUGAAAAAUCUAAAGGCUUUUUAGAUGGUUCUGGGUAAGGUAGAUAGUUAAUCACAGAAUUAUUGAGUAGUUCCAAUCACAGUAAAUAACUUUGGAGAAAUGCUGUCAACUGUGCACUGAAGUACACUUUAUAUUUAAGUAUAUACAGAGAUAAUUACUGAAGCUUUUUUAAAAAGUUAAUUUCUUAGCAAAUUCUUUAUGAUUGUCUACAUAGUCUGUGUGUUUCAGAAGUUGAAUUGCCUGUGAUACAGAAUUUCCAAAACUAAGCAUAUCUCUUUGAGGAAGUGGAGGCAAGGGAAAGGAGAGGAUAAAAAGGGAAGCAGCCCAGCCUUUCAAAGGGCCUGGUAAUUUAGAAAAGAAAAGCACAAAGCAAACAAAGUGAUAAACCUGAUGUACUCAAGAGAACUUACUUUUUAAAAAUUUUGUUACAUACUAAGAAACAAGUACUUAAAUUUGCAUUGAAGGGAAUAAAAAUCAAAUUGUAUGAAUUCUGUAGUACUGGUAAUGUUUAGAUUUCUCUUCAAAAAUUACUUAAUUAAAAUUACUGAACUUUUAAAAGGAUGUUGUAUUUAUGUGCCUUGAAAUGUUAAUUUGUUGUAUGUAGAAUACAAGAGAAAUGUUAUAAUGA